GAUACCCCGUAUGAACGUGACGUGUCUUUAACCCGGAAUUCAGCGCUGGAAUAUUCAAGCUGUGAACACUCUUCACAAACAUUAAAAACACAUAAACCAAGAUGGUGACAGAUGUGCAGCUGGCGAUAUUUGCCAACAUGUUGGGGGUGUCACUCUUCUUACUGGUGGUUUUGUAUCAUUAUGUUGCUGUUAACAAUCCCAAGAAACUGGAGUGAUGCUCCGUGUGGAGAGAACAGAGGUUGUGUACAGGGACCAGACAAACAUCAGACACAGAGAAUGGGGAAGAUUCAGCCUGUAAAUUUACGUUUUGUAUGCACAUUAUGUUAAUAAACAUGUCAAAUUGUGAUGUGUUUGUG